UAUUUGCGCCAAAUAACCAAGACUUGAUGGUGCUAUUAAAAACCACAGAAGUUUUCAGUACCGCCAUCAGAAUGGAGUUUGGUGUCGAUAAGUGUGCGGUUAUGCAUGUACAGCUGGGGGAGGUUGUAAAUUCAACAAAUUUACAACUUUCUGAGACAAUGUCUUUCAGAUCUAUCUCUGAAUCAGAAACCUAUAAAUACCUUGGUAUGUCACAGUCGUUGGGUAUUGAGGGCGAGGGUAUUAGACGGUCGGUGAAGGAGCGCUUUUUCAGUCGGCUCACAAAAGUCCUUAACAGUCUUUUGUCAGGAGGCAAUAAAGUGCGCGCCUUCAACGCCUGGGUAAUGCCCAUACUCAUAUACUCCUUUGGCAUACUAAGGUGGACUCAGACCGAGCUGGACGCCCUGGAUCGGAGGGUCCGUCUACUACUCACCACACACCGUAUGCUACACCCACGCUCGUCAGUUAUGAGAUUGUACAUCUCACGGAAGUGUGGAGGAAUUAUUUCCUUAACAACGAGUGUGGGAUGCAUCGUGAUGUGGUGGCAGUGGACAGGCACUUCACGCCGCUCUCCUUGGCAAACGAGAACUGGCACAAACCUGUGGUACAAAGUGCUGCGGGCCGCAAGGCGGUAUGGGAGAGUAAGGUGCUACACGGGCGGUUCUACAAGGCCCUCAUGGGACCCGAUGUAGACCUGCUCGCGUCGGUGAACUGGUUACGAUUCGGGGACCUCUUCGGAGAAACCGAGGGUUUUGCCUGUGCAAUUGCGGACGAAGUUAUGAUGACGAACAACUAUCGGAAAUAUAUCCUGAAGGACGGUACGGUCGACAUUUGUCGGGCAUGCCGCCGUCCCGGAGAGUCACUCAGGCAUAUCAUUUCCGGUUGUUCUCAUCUUGCUAACGGCGAGUACUUGCACAGACAUAAUCUUGUAGCCAGGAUUAUUCACCAGCAGCUUGCUCUUCUAUACGGCCUUGUGGACUGCGAAGUACCGUACUACAAGUAUUUACCUGUGCCAGUUCUCGAGAAUGGUCGUGCCACGCUCUAUUGGGAUCGAUCUAUUAUCACUGACAGGACUAUUGUAGCCAAUAAGCCUGACAUUGUGAUAAUAGAUCGAUCGCAGCGCCGGGCCGUGCUCGUCGACAUCACCAUCCCCCAUGAUGAGAAUCUCGUGAAAGCCGAGAAGGACAAGUCCAGUAAGUACCUAGACUUGGCUCACGAGAUAACCGCCAUGUGGGAUGUUGAUUCGACGAUCAUUGUCCCGAUAGUCGUUUCAGCGAACGGUCUCAUAGCGAAGAGUCUCGACCAACACCUUGAGAGACUCUCGCUAGGUGGUUGGAUCAAGGGUCAGAUGCAGAAGGUGGUGAUCUUGGACACGGCGCGGAUAGUCCGCCGGUUCCUCUCUCUGCGGCCCUGACCACCGGCAGCUUGGGCCCUGCCCCGCUGCUGGCGGCACCCUAGGUUAGGUUUUUUAUAAUUUGUUUAUAUGUAUUUUGUAUUGUUUUGUAAGUGUUUUUAUAUUUUACUUUUAUAUGCAUAUUAUAAAAAACCUAACGUAAGAAAAAUAAUAAAUAA